AGGAGAUAACUCUCUAAAGUAUGGUAGGCGGCGCUGAUCAUCAAAUAAGACAUUCAAUAUGGCUCAAUCAAGUAAUGCGGCUGGCGAUGCUUCACACGAACAUUCGGAAUCGAGAAAGGAUCAUCAUAUAUCGGCUUCAACAAGUUUUACACUUGAAAUUUUACAGAUAAUUAAAGAAGCCCAACAGCAACAUGGCCUUAGACAUGGAGAUUAUCAACGUUAUAGGAGCUAUUGUAGCCGCCGACUCCGUCGCAUACGAAAGUCUCUCCAUUUUCCCCAGGGAAGCAAGCAUAAAGUUGUUUCUAAAAAAAUCACCAAUGAUAUGUUGGUUGAUAUCCGAUAUCUACAUCUUCCUCUUUUCGCUGCUGAAAGAGCAUGGGGUUAUUUCAUGCAGCUGAAAGCUGAAGCUAACACAGAACAUAGGAAACAGUUUCAUAUGUUGUCUCGUUUGAAAAAAGCUGUAAACCACGCCGAUGAUUUAGCAAAACUUUGUGGUAGUACUAAAUGUGAUGCCCGAACUAAACUUGAAGCCCAGGGUUACCAAGCAUGGAUGAAAGGAACUUUAGAAUUUGAGUUGGAAAGAUGGGCAACUGCUAUUGAAUUUUAUACUAAUUCAGAGACUAUCUACUCGAAGUUGGCCAGUGCCUUCACAGAUGAAACAAAAGAUCUGUAUCUUCAGCGGGUGUCUGAAGUAGCACCUAAUAUCCGUUAUUGUAGCUUCCGAAUUGGUGAUGAAUCCGCCAUCAAGGACCUCAUGCGGAUGAGACUUGAAUCUGGGCAGGAUGCACAACUCGCACAUCUUGAUCAACUUCUCUCUCAAACUCGUGAAAAACAAGCUGCAACUCUCUCUAACGUUACUUGGCGUAAUCGCACUGUUCCUGUGAAGAAUGAGCAAGUUCGAGUUUUCUUGCUAAACCUUCAAGAGAGUUCUAAACAAGUAGAAACAGCUGAAGGCUUUGAUAGGAAAGUGUCUAUUAUUGAAAGUUUACUGAAACAAUGUAUAGAUGCUUUACAAGUUCUCAGAGAUGCAUUACAGGAUGAUCAGAACUUCAAGGCAGCAUUGCGUGGUCAAACCAUUGAAGUGAGGAUUUCUAAUCAGCAUUAUUUGCACUCCUACCUCACUUAUAUCAGGCUUACUAAAACAAUUGAACGAAAUCUUCUCCUUAUUGAAAACUUCAAACAAUAUCUUCCUAACAAAACCAUACCAGAUGGGAAAAAAGUUACCAAACCUCAAGAUUUGGUGCGGCUUUAUGAUAUCAUUAUUCAGAAUUUAAAUGAGAUCUUUAACCUAGCUGGAAUUGAAGAUGAUAUGAAAUUAUCUAACGAAGUUAAAACAUUAAUUCAAAGUUUCAAAUCUUUUAGGACUUUCUACAUUGCUCUUUCAUACUCUAUGGAUAAGAAAUGGAAGGAAUCAAUAGCAUUAUAUGAAAAAGUACUUCACUACAUUGCUCUUGCUUUAGAUGGUUAUAACGGACUGCAAAGCUCUGGAAUAUUCUUAAAUAUAAAAAAUGAAAAAAUGAACAUUGAAGAGUUGGAAAAAGAAGCAUCUUGUAUGAGGGAUUCUUGCCAUGCUUCAAGUAUCCUUGGGAAUACUGGAAUUACUGAACCAGUGAAAGCUGUCUCUAAUAAGAAGCUUCUUAUGGAGAGACUUGAGCAGUAUUUUGAAGAUCCAUCACUAGUUAGUAAACAUCCUAAACUUGUAACCUUCCCCCCAGAAUUUGAGCCCAUUCCUUGUAGACCUCUUUUCUUUGACCUGGCUCUCAAUCAUAUUUCAUUUCCGUCCUUGGAUGGUAAGAUUGAACAAAAGACUGGUGGUAUUCGUGAAUUGAUGAAAGGUUGGUUGUGGGGUGGAAGCAAAAAGUAAAGUUACAAAUCACACUGAUUGGAAACAACAUUAUUGUUGGUUUGUGAAAACCAUUUCUUAGACAACUGAGCAAGUACCUGUCUACAGAAAGAAAGAGAAAUUUCAUCAGGAAAAAAAAAAAAGCCUCACAAGGGAAUAUCGUCCAGAUGGUAAUAUGUAAGCAGAUAGUUGGUCAAUUCUGGGGUUCAUUACCAAUUAAAAAU